CCCCUUCGCUGCACUGGCGGGCGGGCGGUAGGUAGCUGACUUAGUCCUCAGCCCAGCUGUCCUGUCCUGCUGCCCUCCUGCACACUGAGUGCCAUGUAAGCUGCGCGCCUGCACUCCGCUCUGACGCCUGUGCCUGACGCUGUCUCUGCCUGCCUGCCAGCACGACCUUCUCUCCUCCACCCCCUCGCACCAGCUAUCCAUCGCACGCAUCCGCCCUGACAGUCGCUCAGCGUCCCCCGCCGUCAUGGGCAACAUGGAGGUCAUGACUCGCGAGCACCUGGAGAUGCUGCGCAGCUCUGCCUUUGAGAGCGAGCACGCUCAGCUCUACGACACGUCCUACAUGCAGCACGAGGCCGCCGCCCUCGCCCUGGAGCAGGAGAUUGAGCACUCGCUGGUCAGCAUCUCGCCCGACGAGAAUUCGGACGAGUACCGCCGCAUCGCACGCACCCAGAUCAUGUUCCACCGCGAGCGCCAACGCGCACUUAAGCCGCACCUGGAGAGCGGCAGCGGCUUCGAGGACGAGGACGGCAACGAGUGCGUCUUCGUGCCCGCGCCCAACCACUGGGGUGCAAAUGGUGACCUCGACGAGGAGAGCGGCAGCCUGUCGUCGGUGCACAACCUCCUCACAUGGCAGGCCAACUACUCGCCCAUGUCGUAUACCCCACUGUACGAAGAGAUGCCCUCGCCCGACAUUCCCUUCUACACCAUGCUCGACCCCUCUCAGCCACCUGUAACCUACCAUCUGCACCGCACCCGUGAAUGGACCACCUCGGCCUCCCGCAAGUUCAUCUACACGGCCCGGGAAUUCUCCGACCGGUACUCACUGUAUAGACUGGAAGCCGAGUCGCAUCGCGGUGACAACCAGGUCACUUCAGCCAAUUUCUUCCGUGUUGCCGAGUACCCGCAAUCCUGCAUCGACGUCUUGCUAUCGGGCAUCGACAAGCUCGACGCCAAAGCCGCCUACAAGUCACGAUGCAUCCAUCUCCGUGGUCCGUUCGCCACGCCGAUCAAGGAGUAUCCUGAUAGACAAAACAAGAUCCCGUGGUCGCCGCGACGGUUCACCUAUGGUGGCCGCAAGUUUGUCUGGAAACCAGGCGACCCACAUGACGAUGUGAUGCCGGAGACACUUUACGAAUACAAGAAAGAUUACGUCAAGCCCGGCAGCCGGAGCGGAAAGAAGGUGGAUGAUGCAGCCCCAACGAAGCUGGUCUGGGGCGAGAAGAAGCGAAAGGGUAAAGUCGAGAGCUAUACGAUCCAUUUCGCGGGCGGCGUGGAUCAGGUGUUCCGAGAGCUCCUCCUGGCUAGCCAGAUGGCACGACAAGUGUGCCUGUUCACAGCCAUGGAAUGAAGAGACGCGAUCAUAACAAGGAUGGCGGUCAUUUGAGGCGGGACUUCGAGCCCAUGUAUUAUUUUCCAUUCCACUACACCGCAGCGACUACUGAUUUCUUUGGCUGGGGCUAUUACGAUUACGGAUCACGGCAUAGGGACGAAAGAGCCCCGGAACUCAUGGAUACCAUUUAAGGCGUUUUUGGACUCACCACAGCGAGAGGAACACACCCCCAGUACUCCGCUCUUCGGCCUUCUCAGUCCAGGAAGGACUGAUGGGGACGGUGCUAAAGCAAUUUUCAUUGAAACGUUUACUAUACUUUUAUUGAUGCGAGCCUACUUCUACUUCUAUAGAGAGCUUCGCUGGAUGAACAAUGGCAUACCAAACUAUAUCACACUCCAUAUACGAGUUCUACUGGUUUGGCUUCAGGUUGUACGUCGCACUCACUCACCGACCGCAUCCC